AUGGAAGGCAGCAAUAGUGAGAAGUGCCGAAAAUCAGACGCGAUCAUUCUCACAUUUGCCUGGUACAAGUUCAACAUCUCACGAGAUGGACAGUCAGACACAGGCUAUGCACAGUCAGGCCAUGUGUUUCCCGGCGCCGCUCUGCCGUUUGGUAUGGCCAAAGCGGUAGCCGACGUAAACACAGAGCUGCAGGGAGGCUUUGCGUCGGACGAUGGCGAGAUCACGGGUUUCAGCCACAUGCACGACUCAGGAACGGGAGGCGGCGCCCGUCUCGGGAACUUUCCCAUCUUUGCGCACACGGGCUGUUCUGGCGACGUUCUCAACAAUUGUGCCUUUACGGCGACAGACCGGGCCGUGAAGCGGGUGCCGGGCAGCGUGGUGGCCGAGCCGGGCUACUUUGCCGUAACGCUCAACACGUCGGUUCGCGCGGAGAUGACGGUGACAAAUCACACGGCGCUGUACCGGUUCACCUUUCCAUCGGACAGGGCCAACCUGCCCUACAGCUACAGCCCGCUGGUUCUGUUCGACCUGAAGGACCUGUCGGACUCGCGUAUCAACGGCAGCGUCGCCGUGGAUGCGCAGACGGGCCACAUCACUAGCAACGGCACCUUUGGCCCGUCGUUUGGCGUCGGCAGCUACGAUUUGCACUUCUGUGUCGAUUUUCACGGCGCAGACGUGCGCGACAGCGGCGUCUUUGCUAACAACCGUGCCGGCAACACGACGCAGUCGCUGCGCACGUUUGCCAACGGCGUCGACGUGCCACCAGUGCCUGCUGGCGCUUGGGUGCAGUUUGCGCCACCCGCGGCUGACGACCAGAUCCUCGUCCGCGUCGGCCUCUCGCUUGUCAGUGUUGGCCAGGCUUGCACCAACGCCGAGAGCGAGCUGACCGGGCCCGACUUUGACUUUGACGGCACGCGCACGGCAGCCGCCGAUGCCUGGCGCGCAAAACUUGCGGUCGUGCAGAUCGACGACAGCGGCGUCGACAACAAUCUCAGCACGGUCUUCUGGUCAGGACUCUAUCGUGCGAUGAUCUCACCACAGGACUACACGGGAGAGAAUCCGCUGUGGCAUAGCAACGAGCCUUAUUACGACUCGUUCUACUGCAUCUGGGACUCGUUUCGGUCAAUUCACUCGCUGCUGACAUUGGUGGACCCGCAGAGCCAGACGUUGAUGGUGCGUAGCCUGAUCGACAUCUACCGACACGAGGGCUGGCUGCCUGACUGCCGGAUGAGCCUGUGCAAGGGCCUGACACAGGGCGGCAGCAAUGCAGACGUGGUGCUAGCCGAUGCCUAUCUCAAGGGGCUGACAGACGGGAUCGACUGGGAUACAGGCUACGAGGCAGUUGUGAAGGAUGCAGAGGUCGAACCGCCAAUCUGGAACGUCGAAGGCCGAGGAGGCCUGGCCAGCUGGAAACAGUGCGGCUGGAGUGGGCACGUUCUCGCGCAGCAUCAGCCGGACGGUCGAGUAUGCGUACGACGACUUUUGCAUCGCUCAGAUGGCGGCGGCCAUGGGAAAGCCGGCAGAUGCGGCAAAGUACCGACGGCGAGCUGGCCAAUGGGCGAACCUGUUCCACGACGAGCAGCGGUCGUUUUGCCGACGGGCGGCGGCAACGAGAGCGCCAAAAAUUCCGAAAAUUCCGAAAGUGCCGAAACCACCGACAGCGGCUUUGCCGGCUUCCUGCAGCCGCGUUUCCUCAACGGCACCUUUGGCUUCCAGGACCCAGCGCUCUGUCAGCCGCUGCUCAACUUCACAUCCUGCUACCUCACCACCAGCGGUCACGAGAUGUACGAGGGCGGCAGCUGGCUAUACACGCUUUACGCGCCACACGACAUGGCCGCUCUGAUCGGCCGGCUCGGUGGGCCCGAUGCCUUUGUCGCCCGGCUGCAGUAUAUCCACGACACGCCCGGGCUGCUCUACAUGGGCGACGAGCAGGCCUUUCUGCUCGUCUUCGUCUUCCAUUAUGCCGGCCGGCCGGCCCUGUCAGCUCGCUAUGCCCACACGUACAUCCCAGCCCAGUUCAACACCACAACAGUCGGCAUCCCCGGAAACGACGACAGCGGCGCCAUGGGCGCCUUUUCCUCGCUCACCAUGCUCGGCCUCUGGCCCGUCGCCGGCCAGGACGUCUACCUCAUCACCCCACCCUUUUUCCGCGAGGUCAGCGUGACCAGCCGGCUGACCGGCCGCAUUGCCACCGUGCGCUGCCGCAACUUCGACCCCGCCCCGGCCAACAUCUACAUCCAGAACGCUACGCUCAACGGCCGUCCCUACAGCCGCAACUGGCUCUCUCACCGCUUCUUCUCCGACGGAGGCCUGCUCGAGCUCACUCUCGGGCCCAGCGAGAGCGCCUGGGGUACGGCCGAGGCCGAUCUGCCGCCGAGCAUGUCUACCGAAUAG